AGUUUAAUUUAGUUUUAUUACUAAGACCGGAUACCAAUAUACACAUUAUUCGGAACGUUUCGGAGGAUACGGUAAAACCUCACCGAAUUGCGGGAAAGUCAGGAUGAGUGAUUCAGAAGUUGAUGAAAGUAAAUUGCCCUCUACUGCUGAAUGUGAGGAACGAUGCCAGGAGUUUGCAGCAAUAACAGGCACAGAUACUGCACUUGCAAUGUUUUAUCUACAGGAUAGGGACUGGAGUUUAGAUAGAGCCCUAAAUUCUUACUUUGAAGAGAGUGGUGCCUCACAUUCAUCAGAUGUGGUCGAUACUGCUGAAGUUACAAGUAAUAAUAACAGCUCGGGAUCUACGACACCAGGGGAUCCAUCGUUUAGAAUCCGGCUGAUGUCCUGGAACAUAGAUGGUCUGGACAAAAGAAAUUUACGGUCAAGGACGCUUGGUGUGUGUGACACUAUCUUAAAAGAAGAUCCACAUGUGGUGUACCUGCAGGAAGUUGUACCAGAGUCGGAGGAGAUUAUUCAGGAAAAAUGUCCCAUGUAUCACAUGAUACCGGCCAAUGACGAGGAAUAUUAUUGUGCGAUGUUGUUAAAGACGGGUCACAUUCAAGUAGAGGAGACGAAGAUUUUACUAUUCCCAAACACUAAAAUGUUGAGAAACCUACUGGCUGUAAAGUGUACUGUAAAGGGAGAGAAAAUGUCUCUGAUGACGUCACAUUUGGAGAGCACCAAGGAUUAUGGGAAUGAAAGAAAGCAGCAGUUACAACAAUGCUUGAAGUACAUGCAAAAAAGAGAGGACGACAGAACCGUUGUGUUUGGUGGAGAUCUUAAUCUAAGAGAUAAAGAGCUUGCUGAAAUAGGGGGCCUUCCUGAUGGUAUUACUGACAUCUGGGAAAAAACUGGCAAACGUCCUGAGGCAAAAUUCACUUGGGACAUGCAGCGUAAUGACAACUUAGAAUGGAGUCAUCAGUUCAAGCCCAAAUGUCGCUUCGAUCGUUUAUACCUUCGCAACUCUAAACCAGAAGUUAUCCAACCGGUUUAUUUUGAAUUGAUUGGAAUAGAAAGAUUAAAAUCUUGUCAAAGAUUCUGUAGCGAUCAUUGGGGACUUUUAACGCAUUUAAGCAUUUUAUCCAAAUUACCAAAAGUGUAAAACUGAUUAUGUUUUCAGAUGAAAUCUUGUGUUUAUUGUGCGAGUUUGUUUGUUAAGAAAUGUAGAAGAUUUUUUGUGAAAAUUGAAUAUUUCUUUGUGGCCAUAAUUCAUGCUGUCUUCCUGACACUGUUGAAAUGAAUAUUAUGAUUCCAGAUUGUUAAUCGUUCAUUACAGUUUGAUAGCUUGUAAGUUUGAGCACGUAAACAAAGCCUAGUCUAUGUGUAAGCUUGUGAAACUGGGCAUUUAACAAAGCCUUGUCUAUGUGUAGGCCUGUGAAACUGGGCAUUUAACAAAGCUUAAUCUAUUUGUAAGAUUAAGAAACUAAGCUCUUUAUCAAAGCUUAAUCUAUGUGAAAGCUUGCAAAAAUGAGCACGUAAAGAAAGCUUUGUCUAUGUGUAUUAGAUUGCUGAAAGUGGGCAUUUAACAAAGCCUAGUCUAUGUGUAAGCUUGUGAAACUGGGCAUUUAACAAAGCUUAAUCUAUUUGUAAGAUUAAGAAACUAAGCUCUUUAUCAAAGCUUAAUCUAUGUGUAAGCUUGCAAAAAUGAAGACUUCAACAAAGCCUUGUCUAUGUGUAAGCUUGCCAAACUGGGCACUUUAACAAAGCCUAGUCUAUGUAUAAGCUUGUGAAACUGGGCACUUUAACAAAGCUUAGUCUGUGUGCAAGCUUGCGAAAAUGAGCACUUUAACAAAGUCUAGUAUGUGUUAGCUUGCGAAAAUGAGCACUUAAACAAAGUCUGGUCUAUGUGUAAACUUGCAAAACUGAGCAAUUUAACAAAGUAUAUUUUGUAUUUCUAUAUCAUUUUUGCUAGUGCUAUAUCUACAGUUAUUUGAUCGUAAAUUUGUAAGUGAUGUGUAUGUCAAUUCAGUGUGGCUUACUGCCAUGGUCCAGUGUGAAAAACUACCAAUACCACCACCUCAUAACUGAAAUGCAUGUGUGAAGAAGGAUAAAGUCAUGUUGUAAUGAUAAGAGCUUUUACUUGCAUGGUAUUACAAUAUUGCUAUGUAUAUGACCUUAAGUGGAAGCAAACUGUAACACUAAUAAUAUAUUUUUUACCUGUCAAUUAAUAUUCUUCUACUGUAUGAGUGUAUAUUUCCUCAUGUUGAAAAGUUAGCGAAUUUAAAACUAAAGACAUUUAUCAUGAGGAAAUAUAAGCGAAUCGUGGAAGGGUAGAAUUCAAUGACAGGUUUUUUAUAUUUACGCUAUAGGAUAUGUUAGCGAUUUUUGCCGAUUAGGUAAAUUAGUCAAUAUUUCUGCAUUCAUUUGCUAACUUAACCACUUACACCUAUACAGUAUAUAUUGGUCUGUCAUUGCCAAUUCAGAAAUCAUUUGGGAUUUAUCAUUAUAAGGAGUGGUUCAUUGAGUGGAGAGACUGAUAAUUACUGGUUAUCCAAGAUAACCAGCCAAGGGACCAAGUUGGGAUACUUAAAACAGAAAAGAUGCAAAAGGUUAUUGAGAAAUAUACUCGUAAAUAAAUUGAAAAUCAUAUUUGUGUGCUAUUCUUAGCUCGAUUUGACUGAAAAGUGUAGCAACGCUUUAUUGUCAUUUUUCAUAAAAUUAUUAUUUUGGAUAAACCUUAAGUGAGCGAAUGAUCUGAAAUUUUGCACACAAGCUAUUGGUCUAUGCCUAUAUUGAAUGGAUCAUUAAUCUCGAUAAAUUAUUUCCAGUCCCAUCAUGUCAAAAAACCUCAGUGGAGUCCCUUAAAAAUGAUAUUACAUGAUAUAAUUGGAAGUUAAAAAGUAUUGUAUAUGUGUAAACUCUGAUAUAACUAAUGUAACAUCAUUAUGAAACUCACAGUGACUGUGGAAUGUUAACAUAUUGUUGUUCUCAUUGUUAAUGAGAACCGAGCAUUGCUUACUUUAAAAAAGUUAAACAUUGUAUAUAACCAUGAUUAAAAAUGAUAAAAGAUUUUUUUUCUCCAGAAAAAUACUUAACUGUAAUCUAAAGUUCAUGCAUAAAUGUUUAUUGUAUAGUGUUUCAUAUUAAUAGAAAUUAACAAAAGAUUUUUACCAGAAAAAUAUGUAAAUGUUAACUAAAUUUUUUUUUCCAUGUAUUGAUAUUGCUUUAUUUCCUGAUUUUGAAACUAUGUGUUGUACAUUAAUGGCUAUGUACUAUGUAUUAUUCUCUACCUUGUUGUACAGUGUUCAAGAUUGUGGAAUAUGCUAUUGUGUUGUACAAGUAUAUAUUGUAACUUGUGACACAACUAGAUUUACAUCUUUUUGAUACUGUAUUGUCACUAUGUGUAUUUGUUCUGAUGGCCUAGAAUUGCGUUACAAUAGAUUGAAACUGUUGUUUCAGUGAUAUAAAGUACAUAAUUAUAAGAAAAGAAUCAUUGUAAGAAUUUCUUGAUCUGGGACUUAUAUUUGACCUAUAUAGUAAAAGAGUGGAUUGUGUUGUACACUUCUGCAAAUGUGGCCAAGCACAGAUUUCUUGAGUUAAAUACAAUAGAAUGUCUAUGAGUCGAACUUCACAUUCUUGACAUUCUUUAUAAAAACCUAUAUAUGAGCCAGAUUUUUAUGUCAAACUUUUAGAUGUGUCGAAGUUUUUUUGUGGUCCAUACAGAAAUAAAUUGAUAAAAUUUCUCAAUGUGCUGAAGUUAAAAUGAAAGUCCCAAUUUUUUCCCCUACAUAUUCUUUAUGCGUACCUAUAUAUGAGCCAAAUUUUUAUGUGUCGAAUUUUACGGUGUCAAAUUUUUUGUGUGGUCCAUACAGAAAUAAAUUGAUAAAAUUUCUCGAUGUGCCGAAGUAAAAUGAAAGUUCUGAUUUUCCCCCUUUAUAUUCUUUAUAAUAACCUAUAUAUGAGUCAAAAUUUCAUGUGUUGAAUUUUUUUGAUGUGUCAAAGUUUUUUAGUGGUCUAUAUAGAAUAAAUCAAUGAAUUUUCUCAAUAUACUGAUGUAAAAUCAAUGUCCCGAUUUUCCCCCUAUAUAUUUUUCAUAAAAACCUGUAUAUGACUCGAAAUUUUAUGUGUUGAAGUCCCAAUGUGCCCAAGUUCCUUCAUGUUAGACUUACAGAAGUUCCACUGUACAAGUUGUAAAUGAGGAUUUUCAUUUAACAACCCUGUUACAAAUGUAUAAUGAUAGUCAAAAGUGACGUAUGAUAAUUUAAUACUCAUACAGAGACACAUAACUCUGUAUCACAAAAAAUUAGAUUACAAUGUUUAUUAUUUUAUCUAAUUCAGUUAAAAAAUAUUUAUGGUUUUGAUUUCUGAUGUUAGAAAUAUUGUUACUGAUACAAGUUUUGUUUAUUAUCAUUUUUAGCUUAGACUUUUACAAAUAAAAAUAUUGAGCUAU